UGGACAGGAGCACUCCAAAAUUCCCACUCCCACCUCAAAAGCAGAGUCAAAAGUCCUCCCUGUCUUUCUUUAGUAAAAUGAGGCAGGCUGGGCUUUUAAUCAUCAAAGUUUUCCUGUUUGGAAGGAGGAGGAGCCAUCUAGUCAUGGGUUCAUUGAUUCCCUGCCCAGCAAGAAUGUUUGCUUGAGCACAGCCAAGCCGCACCUCUGAUGACUAACAGGCAGCGCUCUCUCUCUUUGAUAUACUAUCAGCUGGGUUUAUCAGAGUAUCAACACAACCUUCCCACUCCAGGCCUCGCCCCUUCUGGCCAGCUCUCCCUGCAGAGCGGGCAGGGGCUGCAUGAGAGCUGAGCUCACCUCUUAUUUCAAGGAAUCUUAACAGCAGGUUUUAAGAUACUUAUUUACUUUUUUUGGUCCGUGCAGGAAGUCUGAGCUAAAAAAAAAAAAAAAAAAGGAAAGAGACAGAAGUAUAAUUGCUCUGGCACGCCUGCAUUCCUACUUCAGUCUCAGACGGGCAGGCACUCUUUCUUGUCGGAGCCAGCAAGAGGAUCUGAUCCCUGAAGAUUAUCGCCACAACCGUGCGUAAGUGAAACCUGCAGCCAUGCUGAAACAGAUAUUAUCAGACAUGUACAUCGAUCCGGAGCUGCUGGCAGAACUCAGCGAGGAGCAGAAGCAGAUCCUCUUCUUCAAGAUGAGGCAGGAACAGAUCAGACGGUGGGAGGAAAGAGAAGCUGCUGCAGAAAAGAUUUCAGCAAAGAAGCCACUGCCAAGGAAAGCCAACAGGAAGUCAGUGACAUGGAAACUCGGUGCUGACAAUGAAGUGUGGGUCUGGGUGAUGGGAGAGCAUCCUUCAGAUAAAUCCUAUGCAGCCAUCUGUGAAGAGAUCCAGGCACAAAGAGCAAAGCGCUUAGCGAGAGAGCAAGGCCAGGAGGGCAGAGAGACUGACUCUUCUGCAACAUGGUCUCUACACCCACAGCCAGGACUUCUGGCUGAGACAGAUCUUCAUGAGAAUAAAAAAAAUACUGAGGAGAAAAAGGAGGAACAUGGGAGAAGAAUGGCUGAUAUUGACACAACAGGAAAAAGCCAGGAGCUCACAAAGAGGGGAACCAGAAAUGUUCACCAGAUGCUGGCGGAUUGCCAUAUGAGGAAGCAUCGUUUCCAACAGAUGAAGGAAGCACAGAGGAAAAAUUCAGAAGAACUCACAGCCUCCCAGAAGCCACUACCACAGAGCCAUUCCAGCACAGAGAGCCAGAGAACGUCACAAAAAUCGGAUGAGAAUGAGCCUGAAUGGCAGGAAUUCUUGCGGAAAUCCAAGGCAGCAGAUGAGAAGAGACGCUCCCUUGCACGGCAAGCCAGAGAUGACUACAGGAGGCUUUCACUGCAGGGCAUCCACAGAGGGAAGCAGGCAGAUAUUUCCAAGGGUGCCACAGGAGGAGAUCGGCGACCACUUCAAUACCCACCUCUCCCCCCCAAGCCUAAACUUCUACCUCCUGCAACGGCAAAUGGGAGAGCAAUUAGGAAAGAGGGAGUCCAGAGGACAAUCUCCAAUUCCACCGAAGAAAGCAUCAUCAAGUGGUUCAAAGAGGAGCAAUUCCCCCUCAGAGCUGGCUAUCUGAAAACCACAGACACAAUAGCACCUUGGUUCCAUGGUAUCCUAACCUGUAAGAAAGCAGAAGAGCUUCUGAAUAAAACACUACCAGGGAGUUUUCUGAUCCGGGUCAGUGAGAAAAUCAAAGGCUAUGUGCUCUCCUAUCGGUCUGUGGAAGGAUGUAAACAUUUCCUCAUUGAUGCCUCCAGUGAUUCCUACAGCUUCCUUGGAGUGGACCAGCUGCAACAUUCAACGCUGGCUGACCUUGUAGACUACCACAAGAUGUUCAGGUCACUUCAGAGGCCCUGGCAGAACCAACUUGGCUGGUCUAAUGAAAUGACACAUCAGUCAUGGCAAUCAGCCUGGAAACCUUAAAUAUGGUACAAACUAUGAUUGCAGCACAGAGGAAAAAGGGAGGGAGAAAAUGUGCCCAGACUGGAGAUGCCCAUGGCAGCUGCAGUGAGGAAACAAGAAAUUAAAGAAGUCUAGACCAACAUGAAAGCUUUUAACAUGCCACUGUAAAGGUUCAAGUAUCCUUUAGACAGAGUCCAACUGCCUCUGUGACUUUCAGAGUCAGAUGAUUUUAUCCCCAGUCACCUUAAGGAUGGUGCGUACUCAGCUGAGAGGAGCAGUGGACACAAUUUAACUCUCAUUAUUUGAAUCCAUAGAUUUUUUUCAAUUUCUAUCUUUUUGAAAGACAACAUAAAAGUGAAAACACAACUCCUAAAAGAAACAGCAGAAAAGUCUUACUGAGCAAUCAUAUAAUCAUAGAACACCAGGUUGAAAGGGGAUUCUUCGGGGGACCUCAGGACAGUUUUGCAGUGGCACUCCCAAGGCAAUGCUCACCUCACCUUCCAUCAUGAAAUCAUGCCCACAAGCUUGUAAUCCAGCCCAAGGACUCCAAAGAAGAACGUAGUUGUCAGCUGUACCUGAUAUUCAUCUAAAUAACAGUCCCCAGCAGCAAGAAAUUGACACAGCAUAGCUAUUUAUGACACCAGCACUCUGUGAUCUGCCUCACUCACACCUUCUCUCUUUCCUUGGUAACUCUGGAAAAGAGCUUACCCUUCCCUUGGACUCCCUUUGAUAGCAAGAGACAUCCAUUUGGCUCUUCUCAGUGGAAGGAAAUCCUCAUGGAUCUAAGGUACCUAUGACAGCCAAGGCUUAUCUAUUCCCUCUGGUUGUUUCAGCACAUUAAUCAGCCCAGAUGAAGACUAUAAUGGAUGCAAGGACUCCCUGAUGACUUUACCCCCAAAAGCCAAAUCUCUCCUUUGCCACUUUAUAAAAGUUGAAAUAUUUAUGUGGGAAGGUACCAAUAUCAAAAUUCUGUGUAAGAUUUUUUAACUCUAGGAUGGAACUUCAGAGACAAACUAAAGAAAUACACUUAAUCUGCUCUGUGAGUACCAGCACUUCUGUAAAACAAAUACAGCAACAAUGAAGGAUGCAACAUCUUUGAAACUCAGUCUUAUGCAGCAUAAAUAUAGUCCCCUGAUUCAUCCAUCCUCUUUUCUACCUCCUCUAACUGACUACAUUUGAUUCAUGCAUACGAGAAAAAACAUCAGGACAGUACCGUUAGCUGCACUACAGGUCGCAGAAGCACAAAUGGCAUGGAACGUCUACGCCUUUUAAUAAUGAUGCUCUUCUCCCCUGCAGAUCACCUGGCACGCACAGUUCAGCUCUCUGAAAAAAUAAUGCAGUCACUCCCUGAUUAAAUUACUCCUGGAGUGGAAAAGACAUUGAGCAGCCUGCCUGUUUCAAUUGGCUGUGUAGUGACUGAGCUCCAUGAAUAUGGAAAUAAUUAGAAAUCCUAGACCAAUGUAGAGGAGGACGAGGAAUAUGUGACCCACAUAAAGGGCAUGCUGGAGUUGCAUGAAAGUGAAAUCAUAGUGUAAUAUUAAACAAGUGAAAAAUCCUUGAUAUCAGUGAUGGAGGUUAGAAAACAAAUGAAGAUUUCUUCAGUAAAAUGCCAGAGGGUUCCAACUGAGAUACAAAGCCUUUUCAGAUGCAUUUUACAGGCUCCUUUCUCCUAGGAAAGAGACUAUUCUAACUGAAGAGGAAUGUUUUUCUAAAAUGCUGGCUUCACAUUAAAAGCACACUUGGGAGAGACUAUUUGAUGUAAAGCUCCUCCUUUCAGAAUCAAUACAACUCAAAGUUUCCCCCUGUGAAGAAAGUCGCACAACUGAAUAAAAAAUGAGAGUUUCUUCAAAAAUCAGAAAAUGGCCUGAGGUAUGCUGGUCUGGACAAAGACGUGGUGUGACAGAGCUUUCUCCCACCAGGGGGUAACUAACUGAUGGAGGCUUGUGAGCAGGCUUUCUCCAGUAGAUGUGACCUGAAAGUGCUUACUAAAGCAACACUCAAAUGUUAAAUGCUUUGGUCAAGAGUUCAGUCACUGACCUGCAAUGAAAGCCUUAUGUUCAGCUCCAACAUUUUCUAACAGCAAACAAGGAAAAAAAAUGGUUUCACGGAAUGAACUGUUAGAAAAGAAAAUCCUCACAUAAGCUUUCCCCGAGGGGGAAGAAAUAUCCACAAGCUUUAAAUUGGCCAGGCGGAUUUAAGAGGAAGCAAAAAAAAAAAAAAAAAAAAGGCAGCUCUUUCUGUUGCGUCAAAGAGCCCACUGUGCAAUAGGAACAGUGAACAGAGUUGUUAAACUGGCAAGCUUUUGCUGAAGACAGCUUUUCAAUAUGCUCUCAGCAUCGUCUCCCAGGGCUGGCUGGAGACAGUCCCACUCCUCUUAUAUGGGCUCUACUCCUUCAAGAGGCAAUCGCUCUUAAGGACAGUUUCCAUAAACAUACAGUUCUCCUGCCUUGGCUGCACAUGAUGAGGGCAAUUGCACACGUACACACACCUGCAUUCAGAGAGCAGACCUGCGUGCACUUGGGGAAAAUGCAGGCACACUCAAACUAGCCAUCAUUACCUUGGCUUAAGAGCAGGAUGCUAUUGAUGACUGACUGCUUGCUAAAACUCCCUUCCCCACUUAGACCAUUCGGUGUGCUGUUAGAAAGCAAUCCUGAAAGGCACAGCACUUAGAGAGGAAACCUCUAAUGCAAUUCCAUUGGGACGUUGUAGCCCCAGCAGUGCUCUCUGACUAAAGGAAAUCAGUAGUCACAUGCUGCUGCCUAGCUUUGUGUGUAGUGCAGAGAGCUCAGAGAGUCACCAGAGACUGCAGCUACGUGGGAUGAGUGAACCAUCCCCCCCGGGAAUGACGGCUCCAUCACUGAGGACAUCUUUAGGGGCUGAACCCGUGUACAUAAGGUGAACUGACUAAGGACACCAAGCAAAUAUUAGUUAAAUAUUAGCAAAGCCACACUCAUCACCACAUACAGGAAACUGCCGCACAGAUCUCUGCAGACGAGGACAGCACCUUGCAUUCCUUUCACAAGCCACGGAGGCCUAAGCAAAGGCAUUAAGAGCACAGUUCAACCUACUCCAACUUGCAUCUGGUCUGCUGAGCUGCCUUCUGGGCUUCACUGCCUACAAAGGGAACCCAUGAUGGCUUUCCCAAAAAGAGGUUGCAGACAGCAACAUUUUUAGAGAUGAGUGCCACUCCAAAUGACAAGGCGAUGAAUGCCUGCAACAUGUGUGCAGAAAGAACUUGCAAGGAAGAAUGGCACUGGUAAGGGACAGGGAUAGAAAAGGGAAAAUACAAACUGUGGAAUGCACUUUUCAAUGUGACUGCAGAAUUAAAAGUGAGGACAAACAUAUGCAGCUGGUUAAUUUAGAAUUUCUCUUCUAUUUAUAUAUCUUUCGGAGUUGCCACAGGGACAUAAUGAGCCUGAAUAUGUGGGAAGGCAGCAGAAGGAAACGAAGUAUAUGCAGGAGUUAAAUUCUCUCUAUUUGUGUUCUUUCUCUACUUAGUGAACUUCUAUAUGGAAAAAUGACUGGUUUAACAGCUUCUCUUGAAAUCCUUCCAGGUGAAAAUGAAUGUCUCUCCUAAAAAGUGUUUCCAUAAAUGACAGACUAAGUUUCUGAAAAAAGUACCUUCAAUUUAUAAGUGAAAUACAGCAUUUUCUAAGCUUUUAGCCACAUAAAUUUAAUGCAAGGUCCUAUUUGUGCACCAAGCAGUGUGCUGCUUUAUUGUGUUCUCAUAACACCAGACAACUCACUGUGUCCAAAGCCCUAGCUGUAGUGUCACUGGAGUCAUAUGGGCGUAGAUUUGGCCUCACGAGAGUAGAGUGAUUAAUAAUUCUAUCUCUGAUGUGUGGAGGAAAAUUACAAUCUGGUUCAGUUCCCCAGAUCUAAAAGCUAGGCAGGUAUUUUAACACAUUCCACAAUAAUAGUAACUGCUCGUAAAAUUACCUAAAUGUUUCCCAGUACAAAUCCAGACUCCCCACCACUCAUCAAAGUCAAAAUGCAGGCUGAAGGAAACGGGUAACAUUUGCUCUUUUCUUGAAAUUGAUUUUUUGUUUAUCUUAGUAUAAUAAAGGUAGAUUAAUUUGCAUGUUGAGCAAGUGGCUGGAGCAGAUGAUGUCCCUUUCAACCUAAACUAUUUUGAUUCUGUGAAAAUGAGGUCAAUUAUUAAAAGCUGCCUUAGGCUAUUACAGAAAUUAAGUGGACUGUGGCCAACUUCAGUGUUUUGAAGCCAUAAUUUGGAUUCAACUGUCAACUGCAGUUUCAGAGUCAAAGAUCUGCAUUAUGUCACUUCAGGAGAAGCUAACAGAUCUGCUGAAACACAAAACAUAAGCAUUUGUAAUGAUAUUGCCAUCUAUGAGGUCAUUAAUGGAUAUCACUUUAUGGAGAGGGCUGUAUUGGUUCCCACACAUCCCUUGCUGUUCCACUCCUGGGUUCCCAAUCUCCUUUUUUUGUUUUCCUUCUUAUCUGUCACCCAGUCAUCCAAUCUCAAUUUAGUGUCCUUCAGCUGCAAGAGACAAAGAAGACACUGAGAAUUCUGAGUGACUGAAAGCCCAGACAAUCCAUGUCAGCUGUAGAAAUUCCUCUGCACAAAGCAAAGGACACAGAACUGACAAAAAAAUCUACAAAAUAACAAAACCCUAGUUUUGUUAUGCAGGAUCCCUAGUUUUUGUGUAGACUCCACCACGCUGCUAGCUCAACACAGACUGUCUUCUCCAAUGCCUCACUCAGAAGAUGUUAAGAAGAUGACCCCUUUCAAAUCUUUUCAGUAUUAUACAAAGCUUUAGCUUCCUUGCUACCCAUGCCAGACAUCAACUCCUGCUCCCUAGCCUAAGGAGUGGCUAUCAAUUCAAGCCCUCACCACUCAGCACAGCAGUUAUCCCAACCUUUGCACUGCCACAUCAUAGACCACUUUAUCCCAUACCUAAAACCCAACCUACAUACCCUUAGGGCUUGCUGUAAAUUCUCCAGUCCUGUGUAAGUGACAGCAGCCUACAGCAACAAGCCAGGAAAUCCAACACAGAACGAAUGCUGUCUGCUGGGAUUAUACUGAUCCAGAAAUGUGGAAGGUGGAGAAUGACAUUCAGAGCCCUCUGCUGCUGCCAACCUAACACCUUUCAAACACUCUCCUGGCUCAUGAAGACUUGCUUUUGUGGUGCAGAAGGAAUUUGAAGCACUACCGCCAAGGUCUACAAUACAGCCUUUGCACACAUCAUGUAUCUGUCCCUGUGCUGCAUCAGCUACACUGCCUGAAUUAUCUCUGUUACUCACAGGCCUUCCUCCAGAAAUGGGACAAUCUUCCCAGGGAAAAAUCAUCCUUCGCCACUGCCUUGAGGUCAGUGCUGCCUCCUUCCUGCUAUAGAAGGUCACAAAGCCUCUUCCUGAAAAACAAGGCUCAUGUAGGCAUUUCAGCUGAGUCCUGUAUUCCUGCAGGAAGGAGGCUGAGUGCACUUCCAAUUGUCUGGCUAAAACUGUGAGAUUCAGCAUGUGCUGCACUGUGGAAAUCCAAACAGCACAAUCUGGGCAAGAACUCAGGAAUGCCACUGUAAGUGCAGAGGAAGCUUCAGACCCUGCAGGCGUAGCCCAAGCCCACCACCACCGACACGCUUGGCUCCUGGAAUGGGAGAGGAGCACGCAGUGCCAUUGGCAACUCAGUAGUUCAAGUUUAGAACAGCAGUGGCUCUAAAGUGUUGACCCGACUAAAAACCAAGUUUAUGUUCCAAGUACCUUCAAAUACUAGUCCUGUGUCACCUGUUGCAGACACAGUGCCCAUAUUCUGAAGAACCACAGUGCUCCUCUUCUUCCCAUCCACAAAUGAACACAGUGGUGUUUCCUGCUUACUCAGUGGAAUCACUUACCCCAGUCCCCUGCAAGUCUGAUCCUGCUGCCUGUCUUGUAUCUAUAUGAGGAUCACAGAGCAAACAGUUUUACCUCCUAAGUCCAGGGGUCAGGCAGCCUUAAUGUAAGUCCUUUAUUAGGUUUAAACUCUUUCCAAGCUCCAAGCACCUUUGUCUAUGUGCUGUUCAGACUCCUUCUCUUCUGUCAAGUUAUGCUGUUUGUACCAUACAAAAGUGGAUUCUCAACUUUUCCUUGCCUGGAAGGGCUGAGUGGACUGGCAAACACAUGAAGCAUUAGGAAUGCAGAAGCAAGGAUUCAACAAAUCUUGGCAAGAGACAUCAGUACUCAAUUUGAAAAAAAAAAACCCAAAAAACAAACCAGAUUAUUUACAGUUUUAAAAGAAAAAAAAAAUCCAGUGUCCAGAGGACACACAGGCACACACACAAGGAAAAAAAAUAAAAUAUAAAAGGUUGUUUCUAAUUUAUUGAAGUAUUCCCCCUUGCCUAGUGGAUUAAAUACAGCAGCACCUUGCUUUCAGGACACCUUGUGAAACUGGUUCAAAAACUGCCAUGUCCCUGUGUAGCUGAUGUCUUAGGGGUGAUUCUGCACCAGCAAUUUUUCAGGGCUCUCCUCACACACCCAUUCAUUUUCAGAAGUAAUUUCUAGUAAUCCCCUGCCCACCCAUUUCACUCUAGCAGCAUCCUGAUUCUGGCCUCACAAGCAGCAUAGGGGGAACCCCAACUAGCCCAUCAGCUCUUGCUGAGCCGUUUCUGAAGAGACAGACUACACAACUUUAUUACCAUAUUCAGUCCCACAAUGCAAAG